AUGUCCGGCGCUGCUACCCCCGCUGGUGUCCCCGCUCCUGCCGUGGACCCCCUCGCGAGCUCCACCAUCUCCCUCCCUCCCCAGGCCGCGAGCGGCAACGACCGUGCGCUCAAGUCGAGCUUUGGCGCCGAGUCGUCCAUGUCCCUCCUUGUCGAGAGCCUCCAGGACCGCUUGUUGUUCGCCGUCCCCAAGAAGGGCCGUCUGUAUGAGAAGGCUAUCCAGCUCCUUGCCGGUGCCGACAUCAAGUACAACCGCGCCCACCGCCUCGACGUCGCCCUCGUCCAGAACUACCCUAUUGCUCUUGUCUUCCUCCCUGCCGCGGACAUUCCCCGCUUUGUCGCCCUCGGUUCCGUCUCGCUCGGUAUCACCGGCCAGGACGUGAUCGCCGAGUCGACGCACGCCAGCCAGAUCCAGGAGCUCCUCCCCCUCGGCUUUGGCAAGUGCAAGCUCCAGGUCCAGGUGCCCGUCACCGGCCCCGUCCAGACUGUCGAGCAGCUUUCGGGCAAGCGCGUGGCCACCUCGUUUGAGGUCCUCGCUGGCGAGCUGUUCAAGGACGUCGACGCCAAGGUCGGCGGUGGCAAGGCCACUUCGGUCGAGUACGUUGGUGGCUCGGUCGAGGCUGCCUGUGCUCUUGGCAUGGCCGAUGGUAUUGGUGAGUUGAGAGCAAUGUGUGGGAUCGACCUCGUCGAGUCUGGUGACACCAUGCGCGCCGCUGGCCUCCACGCCAUCCACACUCUCAUGUCCUCCGAGGCCGUCCUGAUCGCCCCCGCGACCCCGCACGCCUCGCUCACUCCCAACCUUGAGCCCCUCGUCGGUCUCCUCAAGUCGCGCAUUGCCGGUGUCCUCGCCGCCAAGAAGUACGUCUAUGUCUCGUACAACGUUCAGCGCGCAAAUCUCGCCAAUGCCCUCAAGAUCACCCCCGGUCGUCGCGCCCCCACCGUCUCGCCUCUCGACGAGGAGGGAUGGGUUGCCGUGUCGUCGAUGGUUGAGCGCAGCAAGCUUGCCCUGACGAUGGACGACCUCGAGAGGAUUGGCGCCGAGGACAUUCUUGUCAUGGCGCUGGACAACUGCCGUGUGGGCGUUUAA